AUGUACCGGCUAAAGAGUAUCGCUCUUUCCUCGUUGAUCCUGCUCCAAGUGUCGCUUGUUAAAAGCCAGAGUGUGACCUCAGCGGCCGCACCUUCAAUCUCCCCUUCAUCAACUUCCAGUAGAGAACCAAUCACUCGGACGGUAGCUGUCUCGAGGGGCGAUCAUACCUUCGAACCAGAUGUGACUCUGGCGGAAGUUGGCGACUAUGUCGAGUUCCAAUUCUAUCCAACAAACCACAGUAUUGUGCGCGCUGCGUACAAAUAUCCCUGUAUACCUUUCGAGCUUGUAGAGACAGACAAGGUCGGAUUCUUUUCGGGUUUCCACCCAGUCGACGCCAUUCUCGAAAACCCUCCUACGUGGACCGUCAGAAUCAACGAUACUGCUCCCAUAUUCUUCUAUUGCUCUGCUCCCGGAUCGUGCAUCAAUUAUGGCAUGGUCGGAGUGAUCAAUCCCAAUGCUACGACCAGCUUGGAGGUCCACCGGGAAGCUGCUGAGGAGUCGUCUUUCAUGUUGCAGCCAGGCCAGAACUUCCCUGAUGAAUCUGUUCCUCCAGACGCUACAGGUACUAGCUCUUCGUCCUCUAGCGCAUCACCGACUGCUUCUCCCACGGCUGCGCCAGCAUCCACCACGACUGCAGCUGCCGCCGCGGCCACGCCUCACUCUGGUCUCAGUCCUGGAGCUAUAGCAGGCAUUGCAAUCGGUGCUGCUGCUGUCCUUCUCAUGGCAGCGGUCUUAGUCUACCUUUGUGGACGCAAUCGGGCCCUGUCAGACAUCAUCCGGCCAAAACAUUAUUCAACGCAAUCUGCCGACUUCGACAGCAAUGGUGUGCAAUAUGUCCAAACGGUCCCCAAACACAUGUCUGGCAUGACCAUGGUGUCGGCAAGACCCGAGAACACUCGCUAUAUGCAGCAUUCUGCAGCAUUGCCAGGAUAUGUAGGACCACAUGAUGGCGUGCACUCACCUCCGAGAACCAACUAUGCGCCCUCAGAUGCUUUAAGUCCUGCAAGCCCUGUCAUCCGAAGUGCGUCUCCAGGUUCAAUGGUCGUGCCAGCCUACACACAGUCACCUCCGUUACCAUCUCAGACGCCUGUCGAGCAUACUGCGGACGGUCCUCACGAGAUGGAUGGGCGUGGGCUACGAAGAAACAGCAUGCACAAGGGAGGGGUUGAACGGUACAGCUGA